CUUGCUUCUUACGCACACCAUCCUCCUGGAGUGGCCCAACCUACUCUCGCCCUGCAUGCGCCACCAAGGUACUGCUGAAGAGUUCCAAUGCUGGCGCGCCGCCACCGCGUCGCUCGACGCGCUUAAUAACGUACACGAGGCGGAAAAAGGCGUCCUUGGUAAGGCAAAUAGGUGGAUAUCUAUAUGGCCGGAGUCCACCUCGGACGCGGACUAUGACUACGAGAACGCUGCGCACACAGCCCACUGCCUUGCCAAUGCCUUGCGGGACAUUCGUGGUUCGUGCGCACGUGAAACCAAAUCCCUCGACGAGGCUAUCGACCGGGUAGAAGCCCUGAUUGCGCUUCGCAAGGCGAGUGAGGCGCGGGCGCUCCCGCCACCGCCACGAGCGCGAGAAGAACCGGCCCGAAGGCGAGAGGAGCCACACAGGAAAUAUGAGGAGCCCGUCCGGAAGCGCCAGCGGCUCGAAUCGUCCCCCUCUGUCUCCGUGUCGUCUCCGGACUCGGGCGCGCCGGCGACGCCACGUGUGACAAUAACGCUACCACCCCGGACGCGCGGUGCGGUGCCCAACCAGAAGCUGCCACUCAAACCUGGGCGGCAGGUCGUGUAUCGCCUGGCUGAGGGCGGCACGGAGGACACGUCAUACAUCCUAGCAAUUGUGGUCAAGCUGGCUAGCAAGGAUAGGACGAGGUACUUGGUACGGGACGCUGACCCUGGCGAGGAUGGGAAAUUCACCGAAUAUCGAGCGACACUGAGCAACCUCAUCCCGCUUCCUGAUCCAGCGGCACCGCCUUCUAGUCCCGCUAAUCUCUCGGCAUAUCCGGAAUUGCCGACGGGAUCAGAUGCGCUGGCAAUGUAUCCGGACACGACCUGCUUUUACCGCGCGCAGGUCCUCGAGCCGCCGAAGGUAACGCAGCGAGACAAGACGCUCGCGAGUGGCCCUAUCUACAGACUAAAGUUCGAGGACGACGAAAGUCCCCAGCAUCUAGUGUCCGCAUACUGGGUCGUCCCGUGGCCGACGAACACAUGAUCUUCGCACUCGCGACAUGAAUGCUUCGCUCACGACAUGAUCUUCUCAUUUACGAAUCUCACGUCGUAACGCAUAUCCAUCCUAAUUGUCUUCCGUGUCGUUCUGCUCUACCUUUGUCUCGCCCUGCUUCCCAUAGGAUAUCACUAACACACACUCCUACGCGCAAUGGAUCUCUGUCAUUACUAGAUUGUACAUCAUCACGUCCUAAUAGUCUGUGAAUCCCUUCGCGGUAUACGCCUCUGCUAGCUAGAUGGCUCCAACAAAGCCCGAUAUUGCCAGUGACAAG